AUGAGUGAUGAAACGUAUGGAUCGGUUGGACAUCACAUUAAGACUGAAUUUGAAGACCGACUGAAGAGUCCAUCAAAUGAUCGACAAAUGAGACCAACGGAUGAAACACUAGAAGUGAAUCAAAAUAUUGAUGACAACAGCGAUGGCGUGAAUGAAGACAUGUUUGACAACUUGUAUGACAGCAAUGGUCUGGAGUUGGGAUCAGUUAUCAAAGAAGUCUCCGAAGACAGUUGUGUGGAACCAAUGAAUAAAAAAAUUCAAACACAAAUAAACGCAUAUUUAAAGCCAUCGAUACCUCAAUCAUCACAAGAGAUGGUAAACAACGAUAUGAUUGAAAAGAGUAGUGAAGACUCGAUGGAAAUGCCAUCAAAACAAUUGAUGACUGACUUAUUGAUACAAAAUAAGAUCAAACGAUUCAAAUGUUUUGAUUUAAGCAAAGAUGCGUUCAUUUGUCCAAUAAAUAAGUGCCACAAGAGUUGUAAAACGGAUCACAACUUUGCGGUACAUUUGAAAAAUAUUCAUACCUCAAGACAAUACGUGUGCACUCAUGAGGGCUGUGGUAAAGGCUAUAAAUUGAAUCGUCAACUAAAAGACCACUUAUUGACACACAAUACAAGUAAAUCGUUUCGCUGUCCACACAAUGGCUGCGAAUUUAAGACCGUUUCUAAUAAGCGUUUUAGAGAUCACUCGAGAAAACACUCAAAGUUUUUGCCAAAGAUUUUACCCAAAGUCUCGCUGAAGAGAGUGUUGUUUACCUGCGAUGUCGGCGACUGUCGCCAGACAUUCAUAUCACCCGAUGGUCUCAAAUCGCACACACUUUCACAUCAAUCUGAUCCGAGCGGUGAUGACGUGUCCAUCGAUGCGGAGAUGACGUCAAAUGAAUUGAUGGCUAAGAUUUUGACACAAAAUAAGUUCGAAAGAAAGAAAUGUUUUGAUAGGACUCUCAAUGCAUUCGUUUGUCCCAUAAAUAAGUGCCACAAGAGAUACCCAAUGGACAGACCCUUUACUAUACAUUUGCAGAGAAGUCAUAGCUUAAAACAAUUCCAGUGCACUCAUGAGGGCUGUGACAGAGCCUAUAAAACAAAGAGUCACUUAAGCGAACACUUGGAAACACACAAUACAAUCAAAGCAUUUCGUUGUCCACACAAUGGCUGCGAUCAUAAAGCCGUUUGUCGUAAGAAUUUGAGAGACCAUAUGAGACACAAACACUCAAAGGGUAUAAUAAAAGCCGUAAAGAGAGAGCCGAUGAAGAAGAGUCUCAAGAAAUCCGAAAGAUUGAAAUGUUUUAGUUUUACGACAAAUACAUUCAAUUGUCCGGUGAAUGAGUGCCGCGAGAGUUACCCAACGAGUGGUCAGUUUAGGGACCACUUGAAGACAAUUCACGCCAAAAACCUAUACAUCUGUAAAUCCAAAGACUGUUACAAAGCGUUUAAUACAAUCAAUGGCUUAGCGCGACAUUCAUUGAUCCACAGAACAAGUGGACUAAAAGAGAUAGUAAACAGUAGUGAAGAGUCGAUGGAAAUGCGAUCGAUGUCUGAAUUCUUGCGACAAAAUAAGUCCGAAAGAAAGAAAUGCUUUGAUUUUAAUACAAAUGCAUUCAUUUGUCCCAUAAAUAAGUGUCACAAGAGUUGUGGAACCGAUGACAAGUUUUACAGACAUUUGGCUGCCGUUCACAGCAAAAGACAAUAUUACUGUCAUUACGAAGACUGUGGCAAAGCGUUUACAUUGAAAGGCAACUUAACUAUACAUUGGAUAAGUCAUAACAAAAUUAAGUCAUUUCAAUGUCCGCACAAUUGGUGUCAAUACAAUACCAGUAGUGAUAGGAAUUUGAAACUACAUCUGAAGAGACACCCAAAACAGCCCUUUCGUUGUCCACGUAAUGGCUGUCAAUAUAAAUGCGUUAACAAUAAGUUAUUGACAUCACAUCUGAAGAGACACUUAACAGACACAACAGAUAGAGUAAUCAGAUGUCCUGUAAGUGAUUGUAAGGUUGAAUUUAAGUCGAAGAAUGAGUUGAAUGUCCACCGUUUGACACACGGCUCCGGACCGGCCAUCAAUUGUGGGACCAAAGGCUGUAAUGAAAUGUUUUAUACGUUUUCCCAACGCCUGAGACAUCGGGUGUCGGUUCACAACCGACGGACGUAUAGCUAUCGCAGAGGAAAACAAUGGUUUGAAUGGAAGGGCAAAACAGAGACACAAGAAGUGAUGCAAACAAUUGAUGACAACAACGAAGGAGUAAAUGAAGACAUAUUUGACAACUCUUAUGACAGCAAUGGUCUGAAGUUGAGGACAAAUAUCAAAGAAGAACCCGAAAUCUAUUUUGUGGAACAGAUUAAUAUACAAAAUAGUUUAAUGAGUACAGGAAUGCAAACACAAUUGAUCGCUACUUCAAAGCCCUCGACAUCUCUAUCAUCACAACGAGUGGUAAACAAAGACAUGAGUGGAAGGACUCGACAAAGCGUUACCACAAAUAUGACACCAAAGACAUCAUUGGCUGAAUUAUUGAUACAAAACAGAUCCGAAAGAUUGAAAUAUUUUAGUUUUACGACAAAUACAUUCAAUUGUCCGGUGAAUGAGUGCCGCGAGAGUUACCCAACGAGUGGUCAGUUUCGGGACCACUUGAAGACAAUUCACACUAAAAACAAAUACGUCUGUAAAUACAACGACUGCUACAAAGCGUUUAAUACAAACAAUGGUUUAGCGCGACAUUCAUUAACACAUAAAACAAGUCAACCAAAAGGGAUGACAAACAACGACAUCAUUGAAAAUAAUAGCGAAGACUCGAUGAAAAUACCAUCAAAUGAAACGGUGUCUCAAUUCUUGAUACAAAAUAAGACCGAACGAGAAAAAUGCUUUGAAUUGUCGACAAAUACAUUCAUUUGUCCCAUAAAUGAUUGCCACAAAAGUUAUCAAAAUGACCGCACAUUUCUGCAGCACUUGAGGAAAACUCAUGUAUUAAGACAAUACGUGUGCACUCAUGAGGGCUGUGGUAAAGGCUUUAAGACAAAGCACACAUUAAGUAGCCAUCAAUUGACUCAUAAACCCUUCGAACCAUUUCAUUGUCCAUACAAUGGCUGUCUAUAUAAAGCGGUCACUAAUCGCGGGUUUGAACAACACAUGAGACACAAAAACACAUCAUAUCAUUCAACCGACGCGAGCACUCGGCCGCUCACAAUCUUUGUCAUUCAUUUGGUGGCCAAUACUCAAUGGGAAACACUAACAGCUAUAUGUCAGACUAUACACAACUUAAAAUUGGUUAACUUGAAUGUAUGCACCAUCAUUGCCAUGGCCAGCGGUCACGGACCCAGUGCACCGGUUGGUCGGGUGGGGUCAAUGGCGAAGAAUGAUCUGAUCCUCAAUCUAUUCUUAACAAGACAAUUAUAA